CUCUGAUUUUAUUAGCCAAAAUCGUUUUCUGAAUUUUUGGGGCUGAAAAUCUCGAAGAUGAUAACCCAUCUCUGUUCUCUUCGUCAAGCUCCAACCUCCCUGUUUGUCUCAACUUUUCCGAGUUCUUCUCCUUCACCGCCCAAUGUCGGAGCAAUCCCUCACCGGAUUUCACUUGAGCGCCAUCCUCUCGGAAACCGAAGCUUCAACAGCAAAAGAAACGGGAUUAUCUGUGCGGCAAUCUUGCCUGUGGAUCCAUGGGCGCCCAACAUCGAUUCUCAGAGCGUAGCCUCACAGAUCUUUGCCUUUUCCCUGUUUCCGUACAUCGGUUUCUUGUACUUCAUCACCAAAUCGAAGACGGCACCGAAGCUCACUCUCUUCGGAUUCUAUUUCUUGCUUGCCUUCGUUGGCGCUACCAUUCCUGCUGGAAUAUAUGCAAAGGUUCAAUAUGGAACCUCCUUGUCUAAUGUUGAUUGGUUACAUGGAGGGGCUGAAUCGCUUCUCACUCUGACAAAUCUAUUCAUUGUGUUGGGUUUGAGAGGAGCUCUUAGGAAGUAUGAGAAGGAUGAAAUCUCUACUUCCUCGCCUGUUCUCGAGUUGGAGAAAGAGAAGGCUUGAGUUCUUUGUUUAGAAUCAUUCAAAUUAGACAUGAUCGAUCUUGCUGGUAGAGUAAUUCAAAUCUCAAAUAAGUUUUCUUAUCUUGAGAUAUUCAAUUAGCGAGGUAAUCCAAAUCUUGUGGACUAGUUUAAUGCUUUUACUGUUGCAGCCAUACUGCUGUCUAUUGUACACAGUUUCUUCACUCUAGUUUAUAGCUUUUUAUCAAGAACUUUAUCUGAGUAACAAUAGCUACAAGGAACUAUCAUGAAUUCAUAG